AGAGGAAUAUUCAGGCGUCGAGAGGAAUUUAAAAAAAAGGAAAGAAAAUGAAACAUUUUAAAAUGGAAAUAAACACGAACUCGUGAAAUGGAGGACUGGAGUAGCCUACAUCGACACAUUGAACAGAUGUUCGUAAACUCAUCUUUACUAUUUUUAUAUGCUAUUUUGUAUGCUCAUCGUCAAUGAUUUAUUAGAAGUUAGUAUUACUGAAUCUCUGUAAUCUGUCAUUUUUAAAUCUUUCAAAUCAAAACGUCAAAGCGCGUCGAAGCCAAAAGUGACUGUGGCGGUGAAUGUGAUUCCCAAUGAAAUGGAGUUCAACUGCUUUCCUAAAGUAUAUAAGAAGUUAUCAGAAUCAAAAUCUAAUGCGACAUGACUGGCUGAUUUAUUGAAGGACUCUUCUGGAAAGACCUUCAGUGUGUGAAGAGUUUCGUCAGUGUUAGAGGUGAUUUCCAUUCGCCCCAUCGUUUCAUUUUAUGAUUUAAUUCACAAAGAGCAGGACUAUCAGGAAGGUUCAGAGGCCCUUUAGUAGCCUGUCUUUCACUGCAACACAAACAGAAAAGACGCAGGAAAAAAACAUUAAUGAACCGUGAAACAUGUUGUAGCGAGUGACCAUUAUUAUAGUGUCUCUUUCUGUGAAAGACUAGCGAACGACUGAAGCGCUUUAAAGCACGUCCAUCUUCUCCAUGUGUCAGAAAUGAAGGAAAAGUCCAAGAAUGCUGCGAAGACACGAAGAGAAAAAGAAAAUGGAGAAUUUUAUGAACUGGCCAAACUGUUGCCGCUGCCCUCGGCCAUCACAUCUCAGCUGGACAAAGCGUCAAUCAUCAGACUGACCACAAGUUACCUGAAAAUGAGAGCCGUGUUUCCAGACGGUCUCGGAGAGGCCUGGGGUCAGUCAUCACGGGUCAGUCCUCUGGACCUCAUGGCCAAAGAUCUGGGAUCUCACCUGCUGCAGACAUUGGACGGGUUUGUGUUUGUCGUCGCGUCUGACGGGAAAAUCAUGUACAUCUCGGAAACAGCUUCAGUACAUCUGGGUUUGUCACAGGUGGAACUGACUGGUAACAGCAUCUUUGAGUACAUCCACCCGUCAGACCACGAUGAGAUGAGCGCAGUGCUGAGCGCGCACCCACCGCUGCACCCGCACUUCCUGCAGGAGUUUGAGCUCGAGCGCUCGUUCUUCCUGCGGAUGAAGUGUGUGUUGGCGAAGCGGAACGCGGGACUCACGUGCGGCGGCUAUAAGGUGAUUCACUGCAGCGGGUACCUGAAGAUCCGUCAGUUCGUGAUGGACGUGUCUCUGUACGAGUCGUGCUAUCAGAUCGUCGGGCUGGUGGCGGUCGGUCAGUCGCUUCCGCCCAGCGGCGUCACGGAGAUCAAACUCCACAGCAACAUGUUCAUGUUCCGCGCGAGCCUUGAUCUCAAACUCAUCUUCCUGGACAGCAGGGUGGCCGAGUUAACCGGUUAUGAGCCGCAGGAUUUGAUUGAGAAGACUCUCUACCAUCACGUCCACGGCUGCGACAUCUUCCACCUGCAAUUCGCACAUCAUUUACUGCUGGUGAAGGGUCAGGUGACCACCAAAUACUACCGUAUGCUGUCCAAACACGGCGGCUGGGUUUGGGUGCAGAGCUGCGCCACCAUCGUUCACAACAGCCGCUCGUCUCGGCCGCACUGCAUCGUCAGCGUCAACUACGUCCUGACGGACGUGGAAUAUAAAGAGAUGCAGUUCUCUCAGGACCAGAGCAGAUCCAGACCGUCGCUCUCCUAUAAGAACUGUCUCGCAGCUCCUCAGGACUCACGCAAACAGCUGAAAGCCAAAGCAGCCAAAAUCAAAAGCAAACCCAAAGCAUCUCCAUAUUCACAGACCUUGCUGCAAGCUGAUAAACUGGAGUCUCCAUCCUGGAAGUCGGGCCUGUCAUCCUGCCGGGAGCAGAGCCCCGUCUUACUGACGCACGUCCAGGAUCCGUCUCACACGCUGCCUCCGUCCUACACAUACACACACACGCAGACCUCCAGCGACUGCCGGAAAGCACAGGCGACCCCGAGCCCCUCCAGACGGCACGUCCUCUCCUCGCUGCAGUCGCCCUGGAGCUGCGCAAAUAAACCUGCGGCGCACCUGCAAACUCCUGCAGCCUGCAGCGCAUACUCAGGUUCGGCGGCCGACGGUGCGUUCGCAGCCCAGCUGCUGCACGGGGGCUACAGACCCGGCGCAGCGUUUAAAGAGGAACCUGGUCAGAACCAGGGCGGCACCGACGGCUGCAGAGGGCGAGAGGACGAGCGGGCCGGACCGCCGCUGGCCAGACGGCAUCAUGCGCUCCAGGGCUUCGGCCAGCGCAGGCUGUGCGUGAUGGACCCGCCGUACGAGGACAGAAACGGUGCAGCCAGGCUCUCGAAUCAGAAUGACAUGGAGGAGAAGAGGGUGCUGCUGGGAACGGGCCUCCCGGCGCAGAGUCCGUACGUCUCUCUGAACCUCCACCAUGUCCUGGCCAAACAUGGCUCUUUCCCAUCAGGACCCUACGCUCUGAGCCAUUUAACGGACGCUUACCGGGGCGAGGAGGUGAACCCAUACCUGUACCGGACCCAAAGCCCUGCGCCUGACGGACACCGCGUUCCUCAUUACAUCGGCACAUCUGUCAUCAUCAGCAACGAAAGGUGACACGCUCAGGAUUGCCGUCAAAUUACCGUGACUGAGGGACCCGUAGCCGGUCCCGGCCUCCUCUACUGUUUUAUGCAAAGAUUUUCUGUUCACACAUAAAGCAACGUCAGGUACAGAAUAUAUUUUUACCCAACGUGCAGCCAGUUCAGCGGGAUACUACAGCCAUUAUGUCCGGAAUACCAAGGAAGGAGAAGCUUCAAUACGUAUCGGUCAUUCAGGGUCUCCAGAUGAGCCUCAUAUUUGCUGCACGAUACUGUUCACUAAACUCAGAGAUAUGCAAGUGUGUCCAGACUGACAAUGAUCCACAUAUUGUAUUUGAAACAUGCUUUUGUGCCAUUAUUUACCAAGUGAAAACAUUUAAUCUAAUUUAACCAUUUAAAAGCAAAUGUUUCAGCAGGAUUGCUGUAACUACAGACAAAUUUCAGAACUUAAAAGGUGAAGUGUGUGAAUUCUACACCACCAAACUGAAUUACAACCCUAUUAUCUGUCAUUGGUUCGUUAGACAGAUAGUCCCGCCCCAGACUCACGUGAUUGGUUGAGUCAGAAGUAGCGUCAAACAGAUCCAUGUUCUGAAAGCGUCAGAGUUUCACUCUUCAGGACGUUAAACUACCGAUGACUAACACAACAUCUCACACUUCAGCUUUAAAACAUUGCCUUUCAUACUGAGCUGGAAUGAUAUGAUUUCUAUGGACAUCUGAAGAAAAACAAUUUAUUGGCUCCAGUUUUCUGUUGCUGAACAACCAAUCCUGCAGGUUUUCAACCGGUCCUUCAAUUGUGUCUGACGUCCUGAUAUUUAGCUGCUAUAAAGUGAUGGGCAUAUUUAUUGGCGUCGACCACAUUGCAGCUUGAUUAUUUAUGGUUCAAACCAAGAGUCUGACAGAUGAUACUAAAAUGACUGGAGCUAGUUUGCUUAGACUCAAUAAACAUGAGGUGACACA